AUGCCUUUCAAGGACGGUGAUGCUAAGAAGGGUGCUGGUCUGUUCAAGACCCGUUGUGCCCAGUGCCACACCGUCGAGGCUGGCGGCGGCAACAAGAUCGGACCCGCUCUGCACGGCCUGUUCGGCCGCCACACCGGCUCCGUCGAGGGUUACUCCUACACGGAUGCCAACAAGCAGAAGGGUAUCGAGUGGAAGGAGGACACUCUGUUCGAGUACCUCGAGAACCCCAAGAAGUACAUCCCCGGCACCAAGAUGGCCUUCGGUGGUCUGAAGAAGGAGAAGGACAGGAACGACCUGAUCACUUACCUGAAGCAAUCCACGAAAUAG